AUGGACCAAAUGCUCUCUUUCGAUGCAAUUGUCUUCCCUGCAGACGACCGCCCACCCCACCUGGUUUCACUCAUGACAAGCCCCCUCACCAUGCAAAUCUCCAACAUGCCCGAGCCAUUCCGCUGCAACCGCGUACCCCACGCUGAAAUGUACAUGGACUACGUCGCGGACACCCUCGGUCCCCGUGCCUGGAGUUUCCAAGUGGUUGACCAGCUCGAGGGCAUGAGACAGAAGUUUCCGACGCCAUACAUUGCCUUUUACCCCAUCGUGUCCCGAGAUGGCAUGCCGUUCCCGGUAAACAAAGGCAUCCGAGAAAUUCAGGGACCGAAGUUCAACGAGGCGCAGGCAUGGCGCGGCAACAUUAUCGUAGCGAAGUACCGUGACACUGGGUACUAUGCCAUGAUGGAUGCGACCAUAGCGGACUUUCCAAUUGUCAAGAAUUGGUUUUCUACUAACCUCCCUGACCCACGAAGGUUGCAUGAAGCGACCGCGCCGCCUGUUACUUCAUUUAACCCCGGGCAAGCUUUCUAG